AUGGAGUCACUAAAAUCCUCCUUCCUCCCGUCAUUCCCAGCAAACACACCUCCAAAACCCGGCAAGCUUAACAAACCGCCGCCGCCGAAAGUCCUCUGCUGCCUCAAACCCGACCCGUGGUCCCCACACUCCGGCAAGAACCUCGACAAGCCGAAACCCAGACACAAAAACCCUAAGAACCCGCUGUCCGACGACAACGCCCGCAGCAUAAUCAAGGCCAAAGCCCAGUACUUGAGCGCCCUGAGGCGGAACCAGGGCUCGCGCGUGCAGACACCCAAGUGGAUCAAGCGCACGCCGGAGCAGAUGGUGCAGUACCUGGAGGACGAUAGGAACGGGCACCUGUACGGACGGCACGUGGUGGCGGCGAUUAAGCGCGUGAGGAGUACCUCCGAGCUGCGUGAGGGGGAGUACGACAUGAGGGAGGUGAUGAGUUCGUUUGUUGCGAAGCUUACUUUCAAAGAGAUGUGUGUGGUGUUGAAGGAGCAGAAGAGUUGGCGCCAAGUUAGGGACUUUUUUGCCUGGAUGAAAUUGCAGUUGAGCUAUCGACCAAGUGUUAUAGCCUACACAAUCGUUCUGCGUGCAUACGGUCAAAUUGGAAAAAUCAAGCUUGCCGAGGAAACUUUCUUGGAGAUGCUUGAAGCUGGGUGUGAACCUGAUGAGAUAGCUUGUGGGACCAUGUUGUGUUCGUAUGCCAGGUGGGGCCGCCACAAGGCUAUGCUCUCGUUUUAUUCUGCCUUACAAGACCGAGGGAUACUGCUUGAUGUUCAUGUUUUCAAUUUUAUGCUAUCUUCUUUGCAAAAAAAUUCACUUCAUAGAGAUGUUCUACAUGUCUGGCAAAAGAUGAUUGAACAAGGAGUGAGCCCAAACCAUUUUACAUAUACAGUUGUAAUUAGCUCGCUUGUGAAGGCAGGCAUGAUUGAGGAAGCAUUGGUGAUGUUUCACGAGAUGAAGAAUUUGGGUCUCGUGCCGCAAGAAGCAACUUAUAGCCUUCUGAUCCGUUUGAACUGCAAAAAUGGUGAAAAAGACAGAGCUCUUCAUCUCUAUAAAGAUAUGAAGUCCCACGAUAUAGUUCCCAGCCAUUUUACGUGUGCUUCACUCCUGGCCUUGUUUUAUAGAACUGCAGAUUAUGUCAGUGCUUGUUCGCUUUUCACUGAAAUGGAGAAGUAUGGUGUUAUUGCGGAUGAGACCAUUUACGGCUUAAUGAUUCGUAUAUAUGGUAAACUGGGUCUGUAUGAGGAUGCCGUGAAGACAUUUUCGGAAAUCGAGAGAUCAGGUCAACUUAGUGAUGAGAAGACAUAUGCAACAAUGGCGCAAGUCCAUAUCGAUUUCGGGAAUUUGGGCAAGGCCUCAGAUCUUAUGGAUCGAAUGAAAAUUAAAAAUAUUUCCUUCUCGAGAUUUUCCUGCAUCGUACAACUGGAAUGCUGUAUAUUAAAGGGGGACCUUGCAUCUGCAGAAAAUGCAUUUCAGGCUAUAUCUAAAACUGGGCCACCUGAUGCCACUUCUUGUAAAGAUAUGCUAAAUUUGUAUGCGAGGCUUGGGUUGUUCGGAAAGGCAAUAGCUUUUGUAGAACAAUUGAGGAAAGAUCAAAUUGACUUUAACGAGGAGCUUUUCGUGACAGUAUUGAAAGUUUAUUGCAAAGGAGGCAUGCUAAGAGAAGUGGAACAACUGAUAGAACUGUAUAGUGUGAGAGAAACGUUUAAAAAUAUUCCGUUUGUUCGAACAUUUUUUAUGGUUAUGUACGGACAAUGCAACGGAUCAAACGAUCAUGAAAAUUUAUUUGAGCCCUCUGGCCAAUCAGGAACUCUGGCAGUUGAGCUCAUGCUCAUGCUUUGUUUGGCAGCACGAAAUGAGACGAAAAUGAAAGGGAAAGUUGAGCUUUUGCUCGACACCAAAAUUGGCGAGUCAGUAGGCAACAUAAUGAUUAGCAAAUUUGCCCAAGAGAGUGACAUGUUGAAUAUGGAAAUUCUUUACGAAUUAAUGAUAAGAAGUGGUUGCAAAAUAGAAGAUGCUGCUAGGGCAUCAAUAAUUAGUCUGUAUGGGAAACAAAAGAAGCUGAAACAAGCUGAGAAAGUCUUCUUUGAUGGGUCUGGCUCAGCUACAGAUCUGAAGGUUAUAUAUAGUUCGAUGAUUGAUGCAUAUGUAACGUGUGGCAGAGUACAGAAUGCAUAUUUGUUUUUCAAAGAACAGACUACGCAAGGGCACAGUCUGGGUGCUGUUGCAAUCAGCAAACUUGUGAAAGCGUUGACAAGCUGUGAUAAACAUCACGAGGCGGAGGAAGUUAUUAACAACUGUUUAAAUUGGAAUUUGGAGCUCGACACUGUGGCCUACAACACUUUCAUAAAGGCAAAGUUAGAAGCAGGCAAACUUCGUUCUGCUAUCAGCAUAUACGAGCGCAUGCUUACCUUGAAAAUCUCUCCAUCAAUUCACACAUAUACUAUCAUGAUCAGUGUGUAUGGAAAGUGUACAAAUUUGGACAAAGUGGUGGAGAUGUUUGACUUGGCGCAAAGCAUGGGUUUGGCUUUGGAUGAGAAAACAUAUACUAAUAUGAUAUUACACUAUGGAAAAGCUGGAAAAGUUAAUGAAGCAGCCGCUCUGUUCAAUAAAAUGCUGGAGGAUGGGAUAAAACCUGGGCAGAUGAGCUACAACAUCAUGAUUAAUGUAUAUGCUGCUGAUGGACUAUACAAGGAAGCAGAAAAGCUACUGCUAAGCAUGCAAAAGAACAAUUGCAGGCCCGAUUCUCAAACCUACCUUUCCUUAAUUCGAGCCUAUACUAAUGGAUUCAAAUAUUCCGAAGCAGAAAAGGCCAUUGAUGCCAUGCAGAGGGAAGGAAUUUCUGUGUGUUGUGGUCAUUUCAAUCUCUUGAUCUUGGCCUAUGCUAAAUCGGGAUCUAUAGGCGAAUCUGAGAGGAUAUACCGGAAAAUUAUUUCUACCGGAUUGAAUCCUGACCUCAAAUCCAAAUCGAUGAUGCUUAGAAGUUAUGUCGAUUAUGGGCUCGUUGAACAAGGAAUACGCUUCUUUGAAAGUGAAUGUCGUCUUAUGAGGCCGAAUCGGUUUCUCUUGAGUGCUGCAGUUCACCUUUACCGGGCGGCUGGCAAGGAGUUGCAGGCGGAUGAAAUACUAAAUGCUAUGAAUGAUUUGGGUGCUACUUUCUUCAGCAAACUUAGGAUUGGAAUCAGGACAUAA